UGACAGGAGGAAGCUUCUCCUUAUUCUUUACUUGAUAUCUGUUUGAAUUUCCUGACUGCCAACCUAGAGAAGUUUUGCACAGAAAGGGAAGAUGGAACGCUAUGCUUGCAGGAGCCAGGAAUGUUUCCUCAAGAAGUGGCCGAUCGAUUGCUGCAGACAAUGGCAUUUCAUGGGCUUCUGAAUGAUGGAACUGUGGGCAUUUUCCGAGGCAACCAGAUGCGUUUGAAACGAGCUUGUAUCCAGAAAGCAAAAAUCUCUGCCGUGGCUUUCCGGAAGGCGUUCUGCCACCACAAGCUGGUAGAGCUUGAUGCUGCUGGGGUGAAUGAUGAUAUAACGAUCACAGACAUUAUAAGUGGACUUAGCAGCAAUAAAUGGAUCCAACAAAAUCUGCAGUGUCUUGUGCUGAACUCUCUAACUCUUUCUUUGGAAGAUCCGUACGAGAGAUGCGUCAGUCAGUUGUCUGGGCUUCGUGCGUUGAGUAUUACCAACGUUCUGUUCUACAACGAGGACUUGGCAGAUGUAGCUUCACUUCCUAGAUUAGAAAGUCUGGAUAUAUCGAACACCUCUGUCACUGACAUUACAGCACUUCUCACCUGCAAAGACCGACUCAAGUCUUUGACCAUGCACCACCUGAAAUGCUUGAAAAUGACCACAACCCAGAUUCUGGACGUUAUAAGAGAACUCAAAUACCUGAAUCACCUUGAUAUUUCAGAUGACAAACAGUUUACGUCAGACAUAGCACUUCGUUUACUGGAGCAGAAGGAUAUCUUGCCUAACCUUGUGUCUUUGGACAUUUCUGGAAGAAAACAUGUUACAGAUAAAGCUGUAGAAGCGUUUAUUCAGCAACGGCCCACGAUGCAAUUUGUGGGACUGCUAGCUACUGACGCCGGCUACUCGGAGUUCCUAACGGGAGAAGGAAACCUAAAGGUGUCAGGAGAAGCAAAUGAAACUCAGAUUUCUGAAGCACUGAAGCGUUACAGUGAGCGGGCCUUCUUUGUGAGAGAAGCACUCUUUCACUUAUUCAGCCUGACACAUGUAAUGGAAAAAACAAAGCCUGAAAUUUUAAAGCUUGUGGUUAUUGGAAUGAGAAAUCACCCCCUGAACUUGCCUGUCCAGUUAGCAGCAAGUGCUUGUGUCUUUAACCUGACCAAGCAAGAUUUAGCAGCAGGCAUGCCUGUGCGACUUCUGGCCGAUGUCACUCACUUGCUCCUGAAGGCCAUGGAACACUUCCCAAAUCAUCAGCAGCUGCAAAAGAAUUGCCUUCUUUCACUGUGCAGUGACAGGAUCCUUCAGGAUGUUCCGUUUAACAGGUUUGAAGCAGCCAAACUUGUUAUGCAGUGGCUGUGCAAUCAUGAGGAUCAAAACAUGCAAAGGAUGGCUGUCGCCAUAAUUUCCAUUCUUGCUGCAAAGCUUUCAACAGAGCAAACAGCUCAACUUGGCGCAGAGCUCUUCAUCGUUAGGCAACUUCUACAAAUAGUUAAACAGAAAACAAAUCAGAAUCUUGUAGACACUACCCUCAAGUUCACACUGAGUGCACUUUGGAACCUCACCGAUGAAUCUCCAACGACAUGUCGGCACUUCAUUGAAAAUCAAGGGCUAGAACUUUUCAUGAGAGUCUUAGAGUCUUUUCCAUCUGAAUCAUCCAUUCAGCAGAAAGUUCUUGGACUUCUGAAUAACAUCGCUGAAGUUAAAGAACUCCAUUCUGAAUUAAUGUGGAAGGACUUCAUAGACCACAUCAGUAAAUUAUUGCACAGCGUGGAGGUGGAAGUCAGCUACUUUGCAGCAGGGAUUAUCGCUCACUUGAUAUCUCGAGGAGAGCAGGCCUGGACAUUAAGUCGCAGCCAAAGGACAUCUCUCCUUGAACAGCUGCAUUCUGCCAUUUUGAAUUGGCCAACCCCAGAAUGUGAGAUGGUGGCUUACAGGUCUUUCAAUCCAUUUUUUCCACUACUUGGCUGUUUCAUGACACCUGGUGUCCAGUUAUGGGCAGUGUGGGCCAUCCAGCACGUCUGCAGCAAAAAUUCUGCCAGGUACUGCAGCAUGUUAAUUGAAGAAGGUGGUUUACAGCAUUUGUACAACAUCAAGGAGAACGUCCAGACUGAUCCACACGUCCAAAGGAUUGCUAUUGCCAUCCUAGACAGUUUGGAAAAACACAUUAUGCGUCAUGGGAGACCACCUCCGUGUAGGAAACAGCAACAAAAUAAACCAAACUGAAAGCUGCAGGUAGAAGAGUGUAAAGUAUUGUCUCUGUAAUAAUCCUUUCUGAUGUGUGUGUAGUUGGAGUAACUUGUAACAUAGUGGUCACCAUUAAAGUGAUUCGCCGGUGAUUGUGGUACCCAGAACCAUGUCCGGUAACCUCUGAGGAACGGCACCUUUAAUGGCAACCGCAUAUGCAACUUGUAACGGGUCACUGCUUGAGCUGGCCGUUCCUGUAGGAUUACUGCUGGCUCCACAGAGGUGGGAUUGUACAGGUCAGUGUGCACAUCUGAAUAAAAGACUUCUAGGAACAUCCCGUUUUGUUACUGCUGGGGCAGAAAGUUAUUUCAUCCCUAUGAUUGCUGUUCAUAACACUUUACCAGUUUGGUGUUUGAAUAGAACUGUGUGUGGUUGUGAGAUUCAACACUUACAGAUUUAAACAAAAGUACAUGCAUGCA